AUGGCCCUUUGCUUCUAUGCAGAAUUAGCCAUCCCACGACAGGGGAUAGCACCUUUCUGUCAAACACACCUCACGUCUGCCCAUACUGAGGCCAGCUAUCGCCUCGGCCGCAGGUUGCUUCACCUCUGGCGGGAUUACAGUUUGCCCAAAAUCACACUUUGUGUUGACUCUGUGCAAGACAUCGCAACAAGGUGUGGCUUGCCAAUCGAUGCUGGGAAGUAG